UCAGGGGUACCGUUAGCAGGAAAUCAAGCUUCUGUCCAUUUCACUCUAAGACGAACAAAGAAAAAAUAGUCCCACACGGCCGAGCAGUGAACCCAGCCUGGUGUACUGGAUCAAAGUGUGUCCGCUUCAUCGAAAACCUGACGGUGUUUUUAUUGGCGCCGUUGUUCUGAUGGGAAAAAGUUUUCUGCUGGUAUCGUUAACUGGUGGUCUGUUUUACUAACUUCUUUUAAAAGAAAACCCUGAACCGGACGUAAAAGAAAGCAAAGAUGCCGAAAACGAUUAGUGUGAGAGUCACCACAAUGGAUGCUGAACUGGAGUUCGCCAUUCAGCCCAAUACAACAGGAAAGCAGCUCUUUGACCAAGUUGUCAAGACCAUUGGACUGAGGGAGGUUUGGUACUUUGGACUCCAGUACCAGGAUACAAAGGGUUUUUCCACAUGGCUCAAGCUCAACAAGAAGGUGACAGCCCAGGAUGUGAGGAAGGAAAGCCCGCUGCUGUUUAAGUUCCGUGCCAAGUUCUUCCCUGAGGAUGUGUCCGAGGAGUUAAUCCAGGAGGCCACGCAGCGCCUGUUCUUCCUGCAGGUGAAGGAGGGAAUCUUAAAUGACGACAUCUACUGUCCUCCAGAGACAGCGGUCCUCCUGGCCUCCUAUGCAGUGCAGGCCAAGUAUGCUGACUACAAUAAGGAAGUCCACACACCAGGCUACCUGUCCAGUGAACAUCUGCUCCCUCAGAGAGUCCUGGACCAGCACAAACUCAACAAGGAUCAGUGGGAGGAGAGGAUUCAAGUGUGGCACGAGGAACACAAGGGCAUGCUCAGAGAGGAAUCCAUGAUGGAGUACCUGAAGAUUGCUCAAGAUCUUGAGAUGUAUGGAGUCAACUACUUCAACAUCAAGAAUAAGAAAGGGACAGAGCUCUGGCUGGGAGUGGAUGCUUUGGGACUCAACAUCUAUGAACAGAAUGACAAAAUGACACCCAAAAUUGGAUUUCCUUGGAGUGAAAUAAGAAACAUUUCCUUCAAUGACAAGAAGUUUGUCAUUAAACCAAUUGACAAGAAAGCACCUGACUUUGUGUUCUACGCUCCCAGACUUCGCAUUAACAAACGUAUCCUGGCACUAUGCAUGGGCAACCAUGAGCUGUACAUGCGCCGCCGCAAACCCGACACCAUUGAAGUGCAGCAGAUGAAGGCACAGGCUCGAGAGGAGAAGAAUCACAAGAAGAUGGAGAGAGCUCUGCUGGAGAAUGAAAAGAGGAAAAGAGAGAUGGCAGAGAAGGAGAAGGAGAAGAUUGAAAAGGAAAAGGAGGAACUCAUGGAGCGAUUAAAGCAAAUUGAGGAACAGACGAAAAAAGCCCAACAAGAGUUGGAGGAGCAAACGCAGAAGGCUCUGGAGCUGGAACAGGAGAGGAAACGAGCUCAAGAGGAGGCUGAACGUCUGGAGACAGAUCUGAGAGUCGCAGAGGAAGCCAGGACGACCCUGCUGCAACAGUCAGAGAACCAGAUGAAGAACCAAGAACACCUGGCCACAGAGUUGGCAGACCUCGCUUCAAAGAUUUCCCUCCUGGAAGACGCCAAGAAGAAGAAAGAAGAGGAGGCUACUGAGUGGCAGAUGAAGGCUACAAUGGUGCAGGAAGACCUGGAGAAGACCAAAGAAGAGCUCAAAAACAAAGUCCUGGUCGCUCAUGUUCAGGAGCCGCUCAACGCAGAGAACGAGCACGAUGAAAACGAUGAGAGCAGCGCUGAGGCCAGCGCCGAGUUUACAUCCGCCGCCACGUACAAAGACCGCAGUGAAGAGGAGCGCAUGACUGAAGCUGAGAAGAAUGAACGUUUACAGAAACAUCUGCUCGCUUUGAGCUCGGAGCUGGCCAAUGCCCGGGACGAGAACAAGAAAACAGUGAACGACAUCAUCCACGCAGAAAACAUGAAGGCAGGACGGGACAAGUACAAGACCCUCAGACAGAUCCGGUCAGGAAACACCAAACAGCGCAUCGACGAGUUCGAGUGCAUGUGAUGUGUGCGUUCACCCUUUAAAGAAGCCCACACAGCUGGGCCGCUCUGCCUGGACUGCAGUCCUGCCUCACACAAGCUGUUUUCUCUGCACCCAAAUAAAUCAGAUCCACAACAAGAUGUGGCUGCACAAACACAGCACAAUGUACAAAUAAGGAUCUGGAAAUUCCACUUGUUAUCAUUCCUAACUUUGAAUUUAGGCGAGUCACUGGUUGAAAAGGGACAUACUGUAUUUUAUUAGUAUUUCAUUCCUCACAAAGGGGUUUAUGUAGCAUUUUAGUCAAGGGCUCACGCCACCUUUCAUGACACGUGGCAAACAGUUCAUUAUUACUGUUACAUUUUUGUAUCAAGAUUAGAGAGAAUUAAACUAAAUGAGAGACCAAUCUAAAUUUGAUCUAGAAAACUGUAGAUGUAUUUCUGCUGUAAAUACUGAGGGCAGCGGUUCCUCUCAAGUAGCUGGAUUUUUUAGACAAUGAUACAUUUCCCAUUAAAGCUCAAUGCACUGUAAUCUACAUCAGAAAAUACACCUAAUACGACUCUGAAGUGUCUGUGGAAGAUUAAUAGAGCAGUGUUACCAUUUAUCGACUGAAAUCAACUGUUUCAAACCAUUCAGUAUUUAUAUCCCAGUCACAAAGUGACAUUAAAGCUCAAUUUCAUUUAGUUUGUUUUUUGUACUUUGUGUGUUUCUGAACUACUUCAAGUCAAUUUGCAAUUACCAGCCUUUAGUUUUUAUUUCAUUGUUAAUAUUCUAAUGGAUCCAUUUCCUUUAAAACUUGCAUACAAAUGUCUUGAAUUUAGACCAAAUGACUGUAAUGUGAUUUUAAAAAAAAAAUCUCCAAGGAGGGCUUCAUUUGUGUUUGCCAAAGUUUUUGGAAAUAUUUUAGAACAAUUUCCCUUGAAAAAUGUACUCUUUUCUGUAGUAUCACCUCAGUUUUAAUAUAUCAGUCUCACCGCAAACUUAGAUUUGGCAUCUUCUACUCAUUAUAAAGCAAAUGCCUCCAUCAAAGUGAAUGGAUUUUUGAUUUUACUAUGUUUAGUAUUGAACUAUUUCCUUUUUUUUUUUUUUUUUUUUUUUUUUUUAAAUUCUUACUCAUCAAAAAUAACAUUUGAGUCAAAUGCAGUUUUUCUUUUUGCAUUGAUGAGUGGAGUCUUUUCUAACAAUACAGCAUUAGAAAUUACUGUACUGUACAUUUUUACUUCAAUACUGUAUACUUUAGGCCAAUUUUAAAUCAAUAUCAAACAUGAAUACAGUCAGAUAUGAAGCUGAAAGUUGUAAUUAUUCCUAAAUUCUCAAUAAUUUUUAUGCAUAAAAGUAUUUGAAGAUGCACUGGAAAACCCUGGUUAACUUUGUCACAGUCGAUCCAAACAUACCUGCUGUCCUAGAUGGACAGUGUUUCUAAUGCAUGCGUUAUCAAUAGGAGUCUGUGUAUUUAAUUACAUGUGUGUGUUUUGUAAAUUUGGGUUUUUCAGGUGUGAUAAAAGAAGACACCACUGAAGAUAUUUUUAUAUUUUAAAAAUCUAGCAGUGCUUGACAGUUUUUGUACUGAAAGAAAACAAAUCAGUAUUUGCUGUAAACAGACCAGUCAAACACUAGAUGCUACUAGAAAUCCUGUAUUUCACACGUUCUCUACCAUAAAUCCAGACGUCUCUUACGGCGUUGUCAGUGUUCUACAACCAUAAGUUCAUAAAGUCAUACACGCUCCUGGUUUCAUUUCAACAAGACAGAAGAAAGGUUUUUGCACACAUUGAAAUUAAUAUGUGAAAAAGUUCGUCACUAUUUUGCGACUUCACAUGCAUUGUAGUGAUAAAUAUUUCUUUGUAUUUUAUUUUGAUAUCUCUUAAGAAAUGAAAAUGUGCCAUUUAUACCAAGAAUCUUUUUGAUAGAGGAUAUUUUUGCCCAUUGCUGCUUUUACUUCUUUGUAUCUUCCAUGAAAUAUAAAAGUGCAGUUGAUUUGAGUAACCUUCGGUGCCUUUGGCGAUACCUUCAGUGAUGCUGUACAAUGUAAAACCUGAAGCACCUGCAUCGACAGCCCUCUACUAAUGAUCUGAACUCAAAGAAAACACCGACGGAAACAUGUCAUGUAUUUGAAAGUGUAAAGUAACAGGCAGUGCCUCACCCAGAGUAGUCAUCAGAACUUUCUGCUUCCUUUCAAUGAAUAAAAAACAAAUUGCAAACUA